AUGGAAGUGGCUUUUAUAUUCUUUUACAAACGUUUCCACAUUUUGAUACAACCAACAUAUUAUUUGGGUUUAUUACUUAGUCCAUUAUUUAUACUGAUUCAAGUAACAUAUACAAUUGAUUUCGGUUAUAUAUGGGGAAGUAAUUGGUUGGAUAAAUAUGAAAAUCAAGAUAGUAAAAAACAUGCUGUUGCGUAUAUUGUCUGUAUGAUCUUAUUUUAUUGUUUGGCAUUAUCUGGAAUAAUUUUACUAUUCAUCUUUUAUACAGAUAAAGAACAGUGUCAAUUGAAUAUUCUGUUCAUAUCACUUCAUCUUGUCUUUUGCAUAUUUUCAUCCAUUAUCUCGAUCCUACCUUGUGUUAAAAAUCAUAAUCCCGCCAGUGAUGUAUUUCAGUCAUCGAUAAUAUCAUUUUUAAUUACGUUCAAUCUUUGGUCAGCAUUGAACAGUUAUUCUCAAAAUCAAUGUAGACCAAGAUUAAUCAGUAUAGCUACAAUUUAUCAAUUUUCGUUAUCGAUUCCAAACAAUAUUAAAUUUUUACCGGUUGGCGAUCCGAUCUACAUCGUUGGGAUAGUCUUAUGUUUACUUACCAUACUAUAUUGUUUGUAUAGAAAUGAUUGUAAACGAUAUACUCGAAUGGUAUCAGAAAAUACAAAUGCUGCAGAAGUAUUGGCGACAGAAGAAGUACAGACAGAUGACGAAGAGGUUUUAAUUGAUACCGAAUUACAAGAGAAUAAUAGCACCAUCAAUCAUGACUUUUAUGUUUAUUUGGUUUUAGCUUGUGGUACAAUCUAUGUAAUGAUGUUGAUGACAAAUUGGUCAAAACCAUUAAGUGAUAAUGAAACAUUUCAUUAUCAUAAUGCCUCGUAUUGGGUCAAAAUUGUGUCAAGUUGGUUAUGUCAUCUGUUAUACAUUUGGUCUUGUAUUGCACCCACUGUUUUGCAAAAUCGAUAUUUUUAUUGA